GCGGUGUUGCUGCCAGGGAGGAGCGUGGCCAGCCGACGACGCCUGGCAUGCGCAACGCCGUGCCAUCGAAGGACGUGCAGGCGGCCUAGGACGUCGGUAAACACCCGCCAAUGAGGGCGCCUUCUAACCCAGCGACGCCCACGGCGGGACAGGCGAGAAGGGAUGAAGGGGCGGGGGUGAAUGCGGCAGUCAAGGGACAGCUUGCGACGCGCAUUCCCGCAAAGGAAGCCGCAGCGGUGGGAGCCGUCGUUGGUACAUCGACGACAGGCACGGGGGGGGGCGGUGGUGAUGGUUGUGAUGAUGAUGAUGACGACGAUCCCCUGAUUAACAGGCAGAGGCGAUCCGGAAACAUGGCGGCUCUGGAAGCGAAAGCGAAACUGUGGGUGGACGAUCUGUGUUUCUGGAACGAGACGGAGGGGCAUGGGAUGUUCAAGAUCAUCCAGGAGACGCGCCUGCACCUCAUCGCCAUCGCGAAGGGUGUGAAACCGUCAGAGAUCAGAAAAAGCGUUGUCCUCCCGAACGCCACGAUCCCUCAGCAGAAGCUGGAAGACGUGUCGGAGUUGGGGGCCGCGAAGGAGAGGGCUUCGAGGGUGCAGACCAUAGCAUUGCGCAUCAUCCAUGGGUGGAUCUUCAAGUCCCCCAAUCGCGCGCGCGGGUACCACUGCUCCUACGGCUAUGUGUUGAACCACGUCGCCACAGACCUCGCCCGCGCCAUCUGGUUUGAAGAGGACCGGCGGGUAUGUGUGAGUCCGGCGGUCGUCCAUAACACCUUGGAGCUUCAUAUGAAGCUCCCCGUCUGGUACGUAGGUGGCGUCAUACACGACAGGCACGAGGACGACGAAAUAACGUCGUAUCAGGAGUCCACAACGCAGCGUCUGGUGGGAGCUUUCACGAAUGCUGUUGACACGGGGGAGGGGAUAUACGACGGGCGGAUGUUGUACGAGAGGCUGAGGAACGUGGCAGACUGCAUGCGCCUUUUGCUGUUUGCCGCCAUGUGGAUCAUGCGGAUGUCGGGAGAUAAUCUCCGUUCGCAUUAUGAGGCAUCCCAUCUCGUAGAGCUCAUUGCGAAACCGACGCUCAUUGCAUCGCUGCAUCGCUCAUUCGACGCGCGCCGCCAUGUUCUGCAGUGUGUCAAUGCAGUAACGGAGAAAAUGGGGAAGCCCCCUCAUGAUGUUGGUCGACCCUCUGGUGUACAUCCCCGACUGGGAGGUGACCGCGCACAGCCACCCGCCGCUGCUGCUGAUGACGAUGAUGAUGUCGACGAUGAUGACGUUGAUGAUGAUGAUGAUAACGGUGACGAUGAUGAUGUCGGUGACGACAAUGAUGAUGAUGAAGACGAUGUUCAUGAUGAUGCUGACGAUCGUGAUGAUGACGGUGACGAUGAUGAUGGUGAUGAUGAAGAUGAUCAUGAUGAUGAAGAUGAUCAUGAUGAUGAAGAUGAUCAUGAUGAUGAAGAUGAUGAUGACGAUGUGCAAGAUUAAAGAUGAUGAUGAUAAUGACGAUGAUGAUGACUAAGGUGGUGAUGGUGAUGACGACGAUAGUGGCGACGACGACGAUGUCGUCGAUGAUCGAUGUCGUCGAUGAUGAUGGGGACAGGAGUUGGCAUGGCGUGUGAAUAGCGGUUGCGCGAGUUUCGUAGAUUGUCUUCUACUUCCUUUGCGUCGAGUUAUUUCUUGUUGUUAAAGCGGUUGCCGAGUACUGGUGAGAGCUCGGUUUCAUAUAGCUAACAACAAAGCGUAGUUGACAUG